AUGACUGCCUACAAGUAUCAAGUGUUGCGACCGGAGCGGAGCCUCGAAGCGACGCUGAUCUGCCCACAGCAGCUUCAAGUCGACCACGGAGGAGUCGAACUUGAUGAUGCGUUGCAAGGGAGCUUCAUGCGGCUCCUACGCCUGGAGCUGAGUCUCGGCCCAGUGCCCCAGGUGGUGCAGCUGGAAAACGGACUGAUGCCAACCCAACGUUUCACGCUGCCCUUGCCGGAUGACGUGCGGGUGCUCGGCUUCAGGUAUUGGGAAGUCGGCGGCUCAGGACCUAUCAGGACCUCUCAAACCCCUAAUUUGCGAUCCUGUCGUGCUGAGGCCACAGAUCCAACCACGGGCUUCGCGGAUCUUCGAGAUCCCCACAUCCUUCUGGAUGUCCAGGGCAAGCUCCAACUGGAGCCCCUUUCGCGCCGAUACAUUCGCUCCAACUCGAUCGAGUUUCCGGGCCACCUGCAGUGGAUGCCUCCUGCCUUACAGAGCCUGGAGAAGCAGGGCGAGAACGUUGAUAUCUCCAUGCUACCUGAGGUCAUCGGACUGCGGACCAUCCAGGGCAGCGUGGACCACAUCGUGGAGUGCAAGUAUGAGCAGAGCUGUACCUGCACCCUCGACGCCGUGAGAAGCCUGACGGGGCAGUCUGCGAUGUUCUGGGCCGACCUUGUCUUACUGACUUUGGUGUCCUCCUCAGCCUGA